CUUUGCUAAUGGUAUUUGUAGAUGAUUAUUAUAAGGUAAACAGUCUGCGUCAAUGGUAUAUUUUGUCAGUGUAGUUCGCAUUAUGUAAUGGAACUCCGCAUUAAAGCACGUGCCGUUCGCAAAUCGCAUCGCCCUGUUGGCGCUCUGAGCGUUUUACUCCAUAAUCGCCGGUUCUCCCGUAUUUCUUCCUUACGCCAAUGCCCUCCAUUUCGACUUCCUGAACAGUCAACCCACAACAAUGGCUUUCUGGAUCCGAGUUUUCUCUGGUGGUGCCGUAUUCGAUGUCGCUUUCCAUCUGCUGACCGCUCGUGGCUUCGUCCCCUCCAGCCUGGCUCUCUGGUUUGGUCCUUUUAGCUUCCUGUCUAUGCUGCUCUAUAUCUGCUAUUGCACGUUUAUCUAUCCCGAAUACUUCUCACCAUACAUCGGUCUUCCAUAUCCACCAGGCGCCCAUCCGCUGUUUGGAAACUUUGUAGACUAUGGGAAGCACUACUAUGAGCACGGGUUAGUGAUGGCGGAGAAGUAUCCAGAUCUUCACUUUACCCGUUUCAAAGGCUCAUUUGGCAUGGACGUCGUUUCAUUGUUGACUGCUGAAGCGCAUAGGGUGGUCCUGCAAACAUAUUCAUACGACUGCCCCAAGCCGACACUGGCGCAAGCAUUCAAAGUCGUCAUCGGCAAUGGAAUCGUCUUUGCCGAAGGAGAAGAGCACAAGACUCAGCGAAAGCUCCUAACCCCCGCCUUUGCAAACGCGCACGUGAGGAAGUUCGUGCCAAUCUUCAUGGAGAAGACGCAGGAGGUUAUGAACCUUUUCGACGACAUCGUCAGGGACGGGCCGACGAUUUUCCCUGUCUUUAAAUAUUUCUCGCGGCUCACUUUGGAUACGAUCGGUCUGGCGUCGUUUGGUGUCGACUUCAACGCGGUAGGCGAUGAAGAUAACGAGCUCGUGACUGCGUAUGAGCGAGUAGCUGGCGCAGGCAAGGAUUUUUUCCCAUUCAAUAUGUACGCGCUGGUGCCUGGCUGGAAGUUCGUGCCGACGGACUACAACCGAAACCUCAGUCGUUCACGCAAAAUCUUCAGGUCCGCGGUGGCAAAGGUCUUUGAGCAGAGACAGAAAGUGACGGCGGCGGAUCAUAAGACGGUUGAGGAAAAAGAGGACGCUGAAUAUGUCCAGAAGAACCGGGAUAUUCUGAGUAUCAUGCUCGAGAGUGAUGAAAGUACUUGGUCUGGGCACGAUGUCGAGAACCAAAUCAUGGUUUUCCUAUUUGCUGGCCACGAAACAACAGCAGGUGCGCUCGCAUGGGCCAUGCUUACUCUGGCCAAACACCCUGAUGUCCAGGAAAAGCUGCGCGCCGAGGUCCGCGCAUCUUUCCCCGGUGGCCUGCAAGAUAUCAAGACUGCCGAGCAAAUCGAAUCCCUCAAAUAUCUCGACAACGUCACGCGCGAGCUGUUCCGAGUCAACCCGCCAGUCCUAACCGGUCUGCGUGAAGCCCAACGCGACAUCACUAUCGGCGACCAGACGAUAUACAAAGGUACAGGGGUGCAGCUCUGCUUGAAAGCUAUGAAUUACGACCCAAGGCUAUGGGGUCCGGACGCCGCUGAAUUCAAUCCCGACAGAUGGAACGGCAAUCAGGCGUCGAAUGCGUUCGCAUACCUUACCUUCUUGCAGGGCCCUCGGUCAUGUAUCGGCAAGCGGUUCGCGGAGAUCGAGUUCCGUUGCAUUCUGGCGGCGUUCGUGGCACGAUACAAGUUUGAGGAAAGCGUCGAGAAUCAGCCUAUCCAUCGAGAGUUUGUGGUUACGGUGCGUCCGACGGACGGGCUGCCUAUGAAAGUCAGUCGGGUUGAGGGAUGGUAGAGUAGUAUGCAAACUCAAUCCACAGUGAUCUAUAUUAUCGAAAAUAAUCA